UUGGAAAAGUAAUAAUCCACAACUAGUCACAGAAUCUCAUCUCAGAUUGUUAAUAGUUGACCCAUGAAAGUGUCAUACGGGUUUUAAGGAAAUGCGUCCUUCAAAAAGGAGUUUGGAUAAGAUUGGAAGGAUACAUGCGUUGAGAGCACUGUAUUUAUUAAUGUUGAAUACUUUGUUAUAUAAUAUACAUCAAAUUGACUACAUUGCAUGCAUUUCAGAUUACAUCACGUUAUAUGUAUUAUAACAUGAAAUAGUGAAACUUAAGCUCAGCCGAACAUAUCCCUGUCACGAGUGAAACACAAAAUGCCUGCACAAACGCACACAUAUAUUUCAGUUGAGCGAUUCAAUUGAAAUAUAGUAUUUGUUCUCCUUUCCAUGUAACAACUACAUGUCUCAUAUGUUAUCAUAUUAUCUGGCAGUCUUCGUAGUCGGCCAAAAUUCACAGGUUGUUUUCGUUUGCCUCGAUCUUAAAAGUGUCCAUAUACUCCCCUUUAAGGGUGUGGGUCUAGUUGAUUUAAACCAAUGAUAUGUCUCGAUAUUCUGCAGGAAAAAACGGUGACAUGGGAGGCAGUGGGUCUUUAAAGGGCUGCUCUGCCCCAACUCGCAAGCCCAAUCUCGUAGGACUUGUUAGCGUAUCACGUGCCAGAUUCUUAAUGAAGUGGACACACGGGGGUCUUGUGUGCGCAUGCGCUCGGUGUAAAAUGUAGUUGGAAAUGAGGUGUCCGUCUUGGAGUAGUCGACUUUUAAAAAGCAUCGGCAGCCCCUGAUAUGACGACUUCGCUGGUUCUGCAUCCACGCUGGGCGGACACCUUGAUGUACGUUUAUGAAAAAAGCCCGAAUGAAAACAACCAGAAUAAAAGCCAAACAAUGGAGGGACUGAGCGGUAAUUGCCCUGCGACCCACUGCAGGGACCUAAUGUCGCACCCCGCGCUGGGACGACAUUCCGGCUCCAUAGCGACCCACCAGGGCUCCGUCUACUCGGAUAUUUCUUCUCCAGACGCCGGCCGUCAGUGUCCCGCUCCUCAAACGUCAUCCAGUGCAUCUUUGAGCUACGGUUAUCCGUUUGGAAACCCAUAUUACGGCUGUAGAUUGUCUCAUUCGCACAACGUGAACUUGCAGCAGAAGCCCUGCUCGUACCAUCCCGCAGACAAAUAUGCCGAGACCAGCACAGCGCUGCCCACGGAAGAACUGUCCACCAGGGCGAAAGAGUUUGCCUUCUACCCGAGUUUCGCCAGCUCAUAUCAGGCUGUCCCUGGAUAUCUCGACGUGUCAGUGGUGCCCGGUAUCAGUGCCCAUCCCGAACCAAGGCACGACGCCCUGAUCCCCAUGGAUGGUUACCAACACUGGGCUCUCUCCAAUGGCUGGGAUGGGCAGGUGUACUGCUCCAAAGAACAAACGCAGUCAUCUCAUCUUUGGAAAUCCCCCUUUCCAGAUGUUGUGCCAUUGCAGCCUGAGGUCAGCAGUUACCGCCGCGGGCGUAAAAAACGUGUCCCUUACACCAAGAUGCAACUGAAGGAGCUUGAGAAAGAGUAUGCAGCCAGCAAGUUCAUCACCAAAGACAAGAGAAGGCGCAUCUCGGCCGGCACCAACCUCUCUGAGCGUCAAGUUACCAUCUGGUUCCAAAACCGGCGAGUCAAGGAGAAGAAAUUUGUCAGUAAAUCCAAAAGCAAUCACAUGCACACCACUUGAUAAGAUCAUCGACCUUCUUGAAACUGCAACUCAUACCUUCAAACAUCAUGCCAUAUAUUUACCUCUUCAUAUGAAAUCGUGGCUGAAGAACAUUUUUGGCAGUGCUUUUUUAUUUAACUUCCAUCAUCUCCAUCGACCAUGCUACCACGCCCCCUGUUUUCAAGUUAGAG